UAGAGAAUAACAACUCGACACACCACGAAAAAAGCCGCCGGUAAGCUGCCGAUCAAGCUCAGUUUGGACGAAGAUCUGGCAAGCAACCGACAUGGCAACGCUGCGUAAACGAGUGGGAGACGGUAAUAGAAGAGACGGGGAAGAUCUCGGAUACCAGGAUUGCACGUUCGUGGAGCAGCCGCCGGGCCACAUUCAGACGGACUGUCCCGUCUGCAAAUCCCUCCUCCGCGAUCCUUCCCAAGUCACCUGCUGCGGGAACCUCAUGUGCGCCGCCUGCUUCAAAAACAUCUCGGGAACCUCGAAAAAGUGCCCAAUGUGUAGGAAUUCUCUUACGGUAGGGUUUUCCGAUAUAAAUCACAAACGGAUCGUGGAAGGUUUCAGAGUGUAUUGUUGUUAUAGGCGGGAGGGUGGCGGUGGAUGCGAGUGGAUAGGCCAACUGGGGGGAGUUGAACAACACCUGAAUUCCAAGCCUGUUGACACCAAUAGAAUGACUGGGUGUGCCUUUGUCCCCGUAAAGUGUAGCUUUUGUCAACAAAAAGUGGCACGUUCGAGCCUCGACCUACACGAAAAGUCGAUAUGUCCCCAACGAAAGGCGAAAUGCCCGUAUUGCAACUAUGUGAACACGUACGUUAACGUUAGCGGAGAACACAAGCAGACUUGUCCUCAUAUCCCCGUCCCUUGCCAGUUCUGCGGAAACAGGAUAAGGAAAAGUGAUAUGAAUUCUCACGUGUCGCAAACUUGUCCCGAAGUACCCACGCUCUGUGAGUACGGGCUGUUUGGCUGCGAAGGUGAAAUUCUGAGAAAGAACAUGGCGAAUCACAUGGUGAAUUCACAAGUAACCCAUUUGAAGCUGGUGAAAGAGAGAGUCGUACGUCUGCAACAGUUUGUGUUGUUGGCUAUAGUUGCAGUUGUUGCAGUGUUUGUGUUAGUUUUUCUAUACCGAUCAUUGUUCUAAGCAAUGUUUGUGUUUUGUUCUAUACCGAUCGUUCUUUAUACACGGUUUGUAAUUAUACACCCCUAAAAUAAUUAUUUUCGCGCAUGCGCGUAGUAAAACCAUGGCCGCUGGUGAAGAAGCCGAGGGGUAUGAGUGCACGUUCGUGGAGACGCCUCCCGAAGGUAUUGACACGGAGUGUCCGAUAUGCCUGCUGGUCCUGAAGCAGCCUUCCCAGGUCGAGUGCUGCGGCCGAGUCUUCUGCACCGGCUGUCUGCAGAGGGCCCUGGGAGACAGCGACGACCGCUGCCCGAUGUGCAACGCGCGCGCACCUCGCGCGUUUACGGACCAGAACUUUCGCCGCAUUCUCGCCGGGUUCCGUGUCUACUGCGUGCACAGGUCGUGUGGCGAAGGAGAGAGAGGGUGCCAGUGGACUGGAGAGCUGGGACAGCUGGACAGCCACCUGAACCCCAAUCAGAACCAAGAAGGCUGUCUAUUUGUUAACGUUACAUGCAGUUUGUGCGGUGAUGCGAUGAAGCGAUCCAGUCUCUCCCAACACCAAGAGUCAGACUGUCCCAAACGAAGCUAUUCCUGUCCUCACUGCUAUAUCCAGAGCAACUACGACAACAUUGUCAACAGCCAUUUGGACGAGUGUCCGUGCUACCCCUGUCCAUGCCCCCACUGUGACCUAAUGACCGAACGCUGUGAACUCCACCUUCACAUCGACGACGACUG